CGUCCGUCCGCAUGGGCCACUCUGGUGGCGGCGCGCCUCCAGCAAGGAGAAGGCGCAUGCCGAUUGGUGACGCCGCCCCACCUUCCCUCGCGCCUGCGCCGUCCGUGCGCAUGGGCCCUGGCAAUGGGGGCGCACCGACUGAAAGGAGGAGGCGAAGGCGCACUGGCACCGCCGUACCACCCUGCCCCGCACCUCCGGCAUCCGUCCGCAUGGCCCAUGGCGAUGAGGGCACGCCACCACAAAGGAAAAGGAAGGGGUCCUCGUCAACUAGAGAAGGCAAGAGGGGCAGACGAACCAACUCGGACAGGAGUAACUAUAUCUGGAACAGUUCCGCUGGGUGGCAUGGCGGCCCACAGAAAUCAGACGAUGAUGAUAGCUCAGAGAGUUCGGCAGAGGAGGAUGAUAGCUCGGAUGAUCUGCCAGGGCACGGUGAUGCCCCCAAUGGUUCAGGAGCAGGCGAUGCUGGCCAGGAGAAAUCGGAUGAUGAUGAUAGCACAACUAGUUUGGCAGUGGAUGAUGAUACCUGCGAGGAGCCGGCAGGGCACGGUGAUGACCCCAAUGGUUCAGGAGCAGUUGGUGCUCGCCAUGAGAGAUCUGAAGAUGAUGAUAGCACAGCGAGUUUGGCAGUGGAUGAUGAUCUGGCAGGCCACGGUGAUGACCCCAAUGGUUCAAGAGCAGUUGGUGCUGGCCACACACAGGGAUCUCCUGACGCCCAGCCUGCACUUAGUGCUCCGUCGAAGAAUGUGGCCAGAGGUGGCAAAAUUGUGGUCGCUCACACUCCUAACACCCCUCCAAGGUUCCAAGGGUUGUUGAGGACCAUUACAUCGAUAAUUCCUUGUGAGCAUAAAGGGAAGUCGUAUGAGUGUAGCUUGGGCCGGAUGAAUGCAUUCCUAAGAUGGAGCAAAGCAGAGAACGCCUUCUUUUUUGAGUGGAAUGAUGAUAAAAUGGAAAUGACAUGUUGGAUCCACAAUAUCAAGAAAGGACAAAAUUUCAAGUUUACCGUCAAUGCAGCAUUUUCACAUAACAUGGAUGAUAUAAAUGUGGAAAGAGCAGCAAUUGCAUUCUCGACAAAUUUUAUUGGCGGUGAUGAAUAUUGGUCAGAUUUAAAAGACACACUUCUGAAUACAUUCGGUUCUUUCGAAGACAAAGGUUUGAAAGACUACGAUUAUCUUUAUGUCUUCACUAGAGUGGGAGACUCUAUCUGUUUUAGAAAUUUUAAGAUAACCAGUUCGCCCAAGGCCGCUGAUGAUUCCAGUGGGUUGGUGCUCACAGAGAUGAACACCACGUUUUUCUUAAAGCUUGUCCAUGACCAAGUUACUCCGCAUCUUACACAAAACCAGAUUCCUACAGAAUUGAGCCUUUAUCCGAAUAUCCUGUAUAGUAUUCCAAGUGGACAGAUGGGUUCUUCCUUAUCUCAUUGGGUUGAUUUCAAUGGAGAAACUUAUUCAAUCCUUCUUGAGAAUGAGCCUCAUGUAUCAUCGUUGCAAAAACUCGAUGGGUUCAAUACAUCGCUAGCAGAAAUAGUGGUUAAAGAAUCCUUACUGAAAGUCAAACAUAUUAUUGGAUCCAAAACAGACAAGACACAUUGUUUUGCUCGACAAAGAUGCAAAACAAUUUUCCGGUCUUUGUUUGCUGAAAUUGCACUGAUGUUUGAGUCAGGGAAAUGCAUCAGUAUGCCAUCUGACAUACAAAUGCAUCAUGUUCUCGUUAGAGCAACGGAGGUCAAGUUAUAUGGGGUACCAGUCACAGAUUAUGUUGAAGAAUUGGCCAAGCACAAUGUUAGAAAACUUGUGGGCAUGGUUAAAAGUUGUUUCCCUCAAGGCGCGAUACCCACUGACCUGUACGACCUCCUUGCGGAUUUGCAGAAGGAUCCAUUGAAUGAAAUAAGAACAGCAAAGGAUGACUGCUCGUUGCUCAAGGCAGAAGACAGAAGAAGUUUGUUGAUCAACAUCAACUCUGAUUACAUGACAAAUGUGCAAGCAAAAUGUGACGAUGAACCUGAUGAGAAGAUAGAUAUGUUCAGUUUCUUUGAUGGUUGUCCAAAUGCAGAUGACUGGGACGUAAUUAUGCUAGACAAUGAAUAUCUGGUUCAGGUUUGUAAUGUGGGUUCUGAUGAUGAAGAUGAAGAGACAGUUGAGAACGUCAAUGCUCCCGUGGUGGAGAGAUUGAAAAAAAAGGAGCAAAUUGGCAAUAACACUGUGAGCAUCAGAAAGAUGAAAGAAGAGAUGAAUAAAAAGAUGAAAGGAAAAGAGAAAGUUGAGAACAUCAAUCGUUCUGUGGCGGAGAGGAUGAAAAAGAAGAAGAAAUUUGAUAAAAACACCGCGAGCAUCAGAAAGAUGAGAAAAAAGAAAAAAGAAGAGCCUAACAAAGGCAAGCUUCAGUUCAGCGGCAAUAGGAAUUUUGAGAUGCACAUGCCUGAAAAGGCAAGAAAGGAUGGCUUAUUUCCCUUUAGACUUGGUAUGGCGGAUUAUAUUUUGACAGCUUACUUUCCUGGAUUCCUGCGGUUCGUUCAAAAGAGGAUGAGGGAGGUAAAAUCCGAGAGAGAAAAAUUGAAGAAGAUGGGAAAAAGUUGAGUUCUGAGCAAUCUACAACCGGAAGAAGACAGUCCAACAGAAACCACCUUCUUGAAGCAUUCUGUUGCUGGUCCUCUAUUGGUUGAAGCAUGAUGGUUACUUUUUUUCUUUCUCCUUCGCUGGAAACUAAACCGAAUUGACAUGCAGUAGUUUGGUUCACUUGUAUUUAUGUACCCUAUCUGUGUACUAUGUGAUUACGUUGCUGAUUGGUACACUUUUUUCUAGAAGAAAAAUACCCAAGGGUGUGAUGAUCA